UACAAUUUUUCUGAGCAAGGGUCAUUGGUCACUGCUGGCUCAACUAAAGAUAAGCAAAGUCAGAAGAUGAAAAUUUCGUUGGCUAUCGGUCUAGCUCUUGUUCACCUACGCCGCCUCAUGUUUUCGCGACGAGUCAACCCGGCCCUUGACGGAUAUCAGGUGCCUAUAGUCUUUCUGCCUGGAUUCUGUUGUUCUUCUAUCCUCGUGCUCUUUUAA